AUGGCGCUGCGUUCUGGAGUUAUAAUACCUUUCCAAUUUGGUGAUAUUAAAAAAUUGCUCAUGUUUGGCGUGCCAGAGGAGAAGCGAAAUUUAAGCUUAUGGGAGAUGAAGAAUGUUGUGCGCGCUGCAUUCGGCAUUUAUGACUUUGAGUUUCGUAAUAAGAAGAUCGACUUUGACAUUCCGGAUGAGCUGCUAUUACACUAUUUGGCUCAACGGCAUGAUCUAACAAAUUUUGUUAUCGAAAUAAGGCAAGUGAACGAUGGCGACUUGGACAACAAUGUGCUUCAUUCCCAAUGCCGCAGCAGUGCUCAAAAGCUACUCAACGUAUUGCCCACACCAGAGGAGCCCACAAAACUGUGCCAGAGCAAGGCUAGUGGUGGUGCUGCAUCUGCGCAGCUGGGCAUGCCCGCCUCUGUUCCGCAGAAUCAGCAGCAGCAGCAGCAGCAGCAACAACAACAACAACUAGGCGUCAACAUGGCUUCAAACCAAACGGACCCAAAUAAGACUCGACAACGCAAGCAACGCAUGACAAAGUACCAGAAGGACCUCUACGUGCACUUUCUGCAACAGAAUAAAAUCAUCAACGAAUAUCCACGCAACUAUCCCAUUCUCGACAAGUACUGGCAUCAGUUGGCAAAAGUAUUGAACGCCGCGCCCCAGGGCGCGGUCAAAACUGUGCCUGAGUGGAGGCAGUCCUUUGAUAAUUGGCGUUAUCGCGUCUAUGCGUAUGCGCGCUACAAUUCGAAGCUGCAGGGCGAGGAGGCACAGAAUCCGCGCAACUUUAAGCCGCUAACACAAACCGACAAAGAGGCGUACACUAUGUGGAUACUCAAUCCGGACACUGCGCCGCCGGAUUUAAAGAACAUGCGCAAUGUGUUCUGCAACAUGGAUGAGAAUGCGCCGCAGGAGGACUAAAAGAAAGC